AAGCUCCUCCUCCUUCCUUCUCUCUCCAACAACAACCACCCAUCAUGAUUCAACCACAACACUGCAGUCGCACGCGACUCGCCAUUAUCGGCAACAACGCUUCGAGCAGCAGCAGUAGCACGUCGCAAGAUGUCUCUCGCUCGAUGGACAACAACAUCAACAUAACAUCAAGAUAUAGCCCCAGUGCUGGGGUGGCUGGGAGUUAGGUUCCUUGAAGGACUGACGACCUUGGUGGUGCUGCUUGUUUACUUAAGAGGAACGGCGAACUGCUGAGGAUCACGCACGCAAGCUUUUUCUGACAGAAGAGUGUCUGGCGUGUUGUGUGAUCGAUCGAUUACGAAUCGAUUAGAUUUCUUGUUGUUUCUAUCUGGGAAGGUGUGAGGCUGACUGUGAAGGGUCAACUUGGAUUGUUGGCAAGAGAGGAGAAUCAAGAGCUAUAUUUUGAUAUAGAACAAUAGAACAGACGAAACAGAAACAGAACCAGAAUACAAAACCAAAAAGAUACAAUAGACUAUUUUCCAAAAUGUCAAUCACCAACCUUUCUACAGAGAUCUUGCAAAAGAUCUACGACAAUGCAGAGCUACAAGACCUCCUUGCCCUAGCUCGAUCCUGCCGAAGAGCCUAUCGUGUCUUUCUCGGUCGACGAAUGUACCUCCUCACCUGCGGCUUGCACAAUUCAUACAGCCCUCUUCCAUCACUUCUCAAGCUCGUUCUCAGCAACGAGCCCGACAAAUCACGCAAACCAAUCGGCACCGAAAUUCGCAUCAACAUCCUUCUCUCCCGCAUCACCCAAGUCGGACCCGACCCAAAACUCACCCUCGAACAAAUGAAGAAGAUGGUGAUAUACGGCAAGAUCGCUGAGCGUUGGACAGAACUAUAUCCACGGCUACGCUGGCGUGUAGGAUCCGACAAUAGACGAUUACUACAUCCUCAUGAGAAAGAAAGGCUACGCAAAGCAAUCUACCACCACUGGACCUACACAACCCUCUUCCACUCCCGAACCUACACAUCCUACUCACCAUACCCACCCUCCCCCGCCUCCCUUGACGAUCCCCGCCAUCGUCUCCUGAGAACAUACAGCACAGCCGAACAAAUCCAACUCUCCGACUACCUCUUCCACGUCGAGCAGCUCGUCGAAUCCGACCUCUACCCCUCCAACUCCAUCGUGCGCUCGCAGGACCCUUACUCGCACUCCCUGCCUCCUCGCGCACUUGCAAAGAUAGCUUGGGGAGAGGGCAACGAGUAUAGACGCCUGGUGAGGGAUAUUAUGAAGCUGUCGCCGGCGGAUAUACUGCAUCUGGUGGAGAAUACUUGUACGAAGGCGGAGAGGAUGGAGUUUCUGUAUGCGAAGGAGGCGUGUUUUGGGGAUGUGCCGGCGACGAUGAAUUAUGCUUUGUCCACGGUUAGUGUGGAGAGGGCGAGGGUAGGGUGGGGGUUAGAGGGAGAGAGGCUGAGGGAUGUGGUGGGACACUUGGGAUUUCCGAGUUUUAGUUUGGGGAUGGGAUUGGGGAUGCCUGGUGGAGGUGUAGGUGUAGGUGGAGGUGGGAAUGGAAAUGACGGGGAAUUGGAGCGUGAUUUGGUGGAUGAGAUGGUUAUGUUUGGGAUAUGUGAUGUUAGGGGUAGGGAGGUAUUCAGUGGGAUGAAGGAGAUUGAGGAUGAUGGUGUGGAGACGGGAGAGUGGGAGGGGUUUUGUAAGAUGUUUGGUGGUGGGGAGAGUGUUGCUGGAGAGGGAGAAGCGUAGUGUUUUGGUCGAGUCGUGUUUGUUCAUAGCUGGAUGGGUGUACUGUACAGCCCUGUACUGUAAGGUGGAAAUAAGAAUGGUAAGGGAUAUGGGGCAUUGGAAUUGUGUGAUGUAAUCUUGGGCUUUGCCUGUUCGCUUCUCUAUAGGAGGGGAAUUCUACAUACAGCUAUGAGAUUCACAUCUUCCACUAGCCAAAUCUGUUC